AUGUCACUCGAUGUUGAUAAUAAUACGGUAAACACACUUGGCGCGCUGCGUAUCUUAUUUGACGAGACAAAAGCAACUUGUCCUGCAAGUUUUCAGGAUAGAAUUAGACAACCGAGAGACCAUAUAAUGAAGAGUGCGAUGUUUCUUGGGAGACUGAGACCAUUUCUCAAAUCACGCUUUGUAACCCUACGAGAAUUUAGCGACAGUUCUUCUGAAAAAGUUCCUUUUUAUAGCACGAAACCAAGGUUUAUGUACAGGGAUUACAUUGAGCGAGAUUUUGAAGAAGAAAGAAAAAGUCAGUUUGUAAUGACUCUUUUCUGGGCCUGGAUUACUUAUUUUCUCAUUAAUCAUCCUGAAGAAUUGACUGGCCAUGCAGUACUCCCUGACCCUAAGACGUUUACUGACGAUGAACUAGGAGUUUUAUAA